AUGUCAUCCUCAACAUCCAAUACGCGGGUCACUACGAAUCUACAUCGGAUCUAUGAGGACUAUGACACCGAUACGAAGCCGGUCCCGGUGGACGUUUCGAUGAUUGAACGGUUCAUACGUAAGUACUUCCAGUUGAAUAAACUGGUGGACCAGUUCUGGGAUAAGCUAAAGUAUAACAUUGUACUUUCCACCUUAUUGGAUGAUACGAUGAUCCCCUCCAAGAAUGAUCAGGCCAUGAAGGAACUCCUCAGUCGAGAAACUGUAAGUAAGCAGCAGCUGUCAGGUAAGUAUAUUCGAUACGAUGGGUGUACUCUUUCAAUUACGCGGACGUAUAAAUUAGGGUUACCAUCCACGUCAAUUUUUGCAUUGGUUUUCGCCAUCAUUCACAUGUUGAAACGAAUCCUUAUACAUAACAAAGGUUGUUCUCCCUCUCGACAUAUGACCACACUCUUUAAAAUCUUGUUGGUAUAUGGGUCACGAUAUUUCCAGUACACCAAGCUCAGGAUUGAAUGUAUGACUACAAAGAUCACCAAUCUUAUGAACACUUUCUUUAAAUGGAACUAUAAGCUUAACAAGAAGCUUAUUACCAAUUUGCUUGCGUUAAAGGAACUUACGAUGUUUUCGUUUCUUAAUACUACAAAUACAGCUCAUACGUCAACACCGACUGACCCAAAAGCCCAACAGUUAUACCACUUGUUAGACAGUUCAUUAUCAGUUCUAAUUGUCAAUUUAAAGGCAACCAUAUUGAAAAUUCUUCCCUUAAUGAAUGGUGAUAUAUUUGAGAAAUAUUGUCAAAUCAAUACCAUCAAUUUCCCUAUUUUGUUGAAUCAAAAUGAUAAUGAAGUGGAGAUCAACAUGGACAUGAACAAUAAUAAUUAUGUUUCGAGUUUAACAACGAAAUUGGCUCAAUUCAAUCAAUUAAGAAAGCUUCUAUUCUGUCAAAUACUUUCGUUAAACGAGGUCCCCAAAUCAACCUUCUUUCUUUCCAAACUUCAUGAUGAAUUUACAAACAGUAUAACACACUUGAGCGAAAGUCCUCUGUUCCCCGAUACUUUUUUCAAACUUGGAAUUUUGAAAGGCUCCCUUGUCCAGUUGAGUUCUCUAUUAGAAUCAAUGGUCACGUCAUUUGUUGGCUACGAAGAAUGUUUCCCGUUAUCUAAGCCGAAUUUUCAAGAUGAAGAUAUCCUCGGUAACAAACUGACUGUUAUUACUACCACUGAUGACUUAAUUCAUCUUGACAAUUUAAUCGAUAAAAUUUCGAAUCUAACCUCCAAUUUCAAAUUCUUCAAGAAGUACCAUAAAUCAACAGCUGGAAACUUUGACACCGACGAGUUGAAUGAAAAAUUGAACAUCUUUAACCAGUUUAUUAACGACAUUGAACAAAUAAGAGAGCUUCAUCAGUUGAGUCUACAAGAUCUUUCGCUUGCCAAAACCACUGACCAAUUAUCAUCAUCAAGUCCAGCAUUAUCCACAUCUACUUCCACUAGAAACUCCAGUGACUUUCCAUUGAAAUCAUUCCAGAACUCUUCGUUGAAGAAACGACUUUCUUUACCCUCUAAUAAUAAUCGGCAUUACUCCAUAAUUGGAGGGUUACCAGCAUCAUCAGCUUCACCUACAUCCUCCGACCUUCAAGAUAAUAAUAAUUCCGAAAAGAAAUACAAGAAGUUGUCUGCGGGUUUACAAUUGGGACUUCUUACUGUUGUUAAAGAAGCAAAGAAUGGUGUUUCGUAUGACGAUAAUUACUUGAACACGGCCCCGUCACCCUUUGAAACGUACAAUAAGGCUACAUUGGACCAACUACAACGAAGCCGUAAUAGCGGAAUAGACAAUAAUCACAAUACUAGUACCAGCAGAUUCUCUUUGUACUCUGUGGCUUCCAACAUGAGCAGUGCCGUGUCUGAUUUGGUUAGUACAACUCAAAUCACCGAAUACGAAUCUGGAAGAGGAGCCAACCCUUCGACUGGCGAUGAAAUGACGAAGGAGCAAUUAAAGCUAAAGCUUGAAGAGAGUUUCAAUAGAAUUUACAAUCUUGAAAAGGAGAAUGAUAAUCUUCGUUCGACAUCGACGAAAGAGGCAGCCAAUCAAGAAGAUCAAUUUAGUAUAGAAGGAACGAUGACGGAGCACCAUGAUGAUGAUGAUGAUGAUCGAGGUGAUACUCACAAUAUACCACGACAGCCAAAUAUGGGAUUUAUUAAUGAACUUGAAAAGACCUUAGAAAGUGUCGUGAUCAAAGACAUUAAUAUUGAUUAA